AAGUCACAGAAGCAGGUAUUCAAUGCACUGAACGGCAACUGCAAUGUUUCUUUGAUAAUAAGGGUAUUCUAAAUCACUCAAUGCGAAAAACUGAGCAGUGGCGGAAAAAGAAAAACCGCGAAGCCACAAAAGCAAAAAUUAAUUCGCGAAGAAAGGCUGGCUA